UAUGAUGCUGGUGUCAAACUAGUCAGGAUGUGGUGCUGGCGGCUGACGGGUCUGUUCAAUGUGCCGUGCCGGCUGAGUAGAAGCACUAGCCAUCGCUCUGCAUGGCUGCCUGGUUGCGGAAAGAUCUUCUCUGCUGCUGCAGCUCGCUGGCAUCACACAGCCCCAGAGUCUCUGAAGUGUGCCUGGCAGUUACAUGGUGAUCACCUAGAGCUCAGGUAUGCGAACACACUGAUGCGCUUUGAUUUUGUUUGGCUGCGGGACCACUGCCGUUCAGCUUCCUGCUACAAUACUAAGACUAACCAGCGCAGCUUGGAUACAGCUAGUGUGGACCUGGGCAUCAAACCCAAGGCUGUCCGAGUGGAUGAGACCACACUCUUCCUCACAUGGCCAGAUGGGCAUGUGACACGGUAUGGGCUGGAGUGGCUGGUGAAGAACAGCUACGAGGGGCAGAAGCAGCAGGUCAUGCACCCACGGAUUCUCUGGAAUGCAGAAAUCUACCGCCAAGCCCAGAUCCCAUCUGUCGACUGUCGGAGUUUCCUGGAGACAGACGAGGGGCUGAAGGAGUUUCUGCAAAACUUCCUGUUAUAUGGGAUUGCUUUUGUGGAAAAUGUCCCUCCUACCAAAGAGGACACAGAAAUCUUAGCAGAGAGGAUCAGCUUGAUCAGGGAGACCAUUUAUGGUAGAAUGUGGUAUUUUACCUCUGACUUCUCUCGGGGAGACACUGCCUACACUAAGCUGGCUCUGGAUCGUCACACUGACACUACCUACUUCCAGGAGCCCUGCGGCAUCCAAGUGUUCCACUGCCUCAAGCAUGAAGGGACAGGUGGGCGGACGCUGCUAGUGGAUGGUUUCUAUGCAGCGGAGCAGGUUCUCCAGAAAGCCCCUGAUCAAUUUGAGCUGCUCAGCAAGGUGCCGUUGAAGCAUGAGUAUGUUGAGAACGUGGGAGGCUGUCACAACCACAUGAUUGGAGUCGGGCCAGUCCUCAAUGUUUAUCCCUGGAACAAUGAGCUUUAUCUGAUCAGAUACAAUAACUAUGACCGUGCAGUCAUCAACACAGUGCCCUAUGAUGUUGUGCAUCGGUGGUACACUGCUCAUCGCACGCUCACCACAGAACUCAGAAGGCCAGAAAAUGAGCUGUGGGUCAAGCUAAAGCCAGGCAAGGCUCUGUUCAUAGAUAACUGGCGGGUCUUGCAUGGACGGGAAGCGUUCACAGGAUAUCGCCAGCUCUGUGGCUGCUACCUGACAAGAGAUGAUGUGCUGAACACCGCGCGCUUACUGGGACUGCAAGCUUAGCCCAAGCUUCCUGCUGUGGAGAGGCAGUAAAACUUCCAGCACCGCUGUGCUGGUGCAUCACCACGACAAAAACGUUGCACAUACCUCAGACACCUCCACCCUCUCCAAGCAGUUCUCUGUGCCUAGUCAGGGGAGGGAGCAGGUGGAAGCCAAAGGUUAUGAGAAGUUUGUGACUGUAUUCUGCCUUUGACGGAGCACGAGCUGCUUUUGUUGCCCGUACACCAUGCCUGGUCUUACCACCUGGCCCAGUCUGUCUCAGCUCUGCUAAGUCGGAGUUAAUUACACUGUGGGGAAGUCUUCCCAGCACCUGCCGAUGUGAAGUGCUCCUCUAAUCAAGUGCCUUCAGGGUUUGACAUCUUUGGAUUUUUCCCUGUUGUUUAGUCUUUUUGUCAGCUGGCGUUUCCAGGUUGGGCAUAGUAAAACAGAACGGAUAUUUUGGGGGUCUUGUCUUACCCUGGGUUGGACUUUAUCCCUUCUAGAGAAAAUGAGAGUCUAUUAUCCCUAUUAUAAAAAGUUAAAAUGCCUCUAUUCUAGCUGAGGAGUAUUGGUAUAUUUCAGUGAUUUCUUUCUUCUUGAACAUACUGCAUACCCCUGUAACAGUCACAGAUACGAGCUGUGGUACUUGAGGAAUGGCCUGGUGAAAGAAGCUGGUAUGGUUGGGAUAUCUCUGAAAAGGUUCAGGCUGGAAGGGAAAGGGGAAAUGGUGAGAUCUGAAUGGCAAGAAGGAGAGAUGGCUGUGUUAAAUGAGGGCUAUAUUUCCCACGUUUUUCCUUGACUUCCAGUAGUAUCAUGUUUCUGCCUGUUGCACCAUGCUUGCAUCAAGGGUGAAGGCUCAACUGCUGCAGUGUUUGCUUAUGGAUUUCCCACUGUGCCUCUUUUUAUCUUUUCUGAAGGAAGAAUUUGUUUUACAGUAUCUUUACACUGGCUGCUGGAUGAGGCUGAUUUUCACCAGAUUUUCUUACGCAAAGGUAGCGAACACAAAGGUGCCUUUCAGCUCCAGGUAGCAGGAAGGCUAAAUUGGAGUGUCUGUCACAUUAAAGGGCCACAGUAUAAUGGACAAAAGGAAAUCCUUUAUCGUUACUAGAAACCUUUGAAUUUUAGAACCAAGAAGGGAUUUUAGAUCUUGUUUAUUUUUCGUUCUGCCUUAUCUUUGAGGAUGUUCACUCUGCUCUGACUGGACCAUAAAACUGGGCUGGUCCCUGUCACUCCUGUCUUUCCUGUUCAAGCAAGAUACUGUUGUGUCUAAGGUGUGAGUGCAGUAUGGAUGCAUAUGUGCUAACCUUGCUGCCUUCGUUUAAGCUAAAUAUUGAAUGUGUAGAUCCUAGUGCUAAGAGACACUUUAAAACUUCUGUUCAUGGGGACUAAGCUCCCUGACGCUAUCUUCUGCGGCAUUCCCUGAUUGCUGCAGUCCCACUGCAGACAUCAGGAGUUGCAAGGGGUUUCUGAGGCAAGGCUUGGUGUGAAGCUGCUGACCAGUGGAUACGUAAGGAAGUGAAA